CUCUGCUACCAAUGCACUUCACAUUGUUUCGCGGGCGACAUUGGUACGGCGGUGGCGAACGCGGGGAAGCCAACAUGUCUCCCACCAUAACUGCUGCUGCUCUGUGCCGUCGAUUGUCGCGCAUAGCCUCAAAUUGCUGCGGAUUAUUAGCGAUGAACGAUCCAUAAGCCAAUAAAAACAAAAUACGGCAACAGAGCGCGGAAGCAGCUGCACAAAUCAUGCAAAGUGUAAAACAUGCGACUACUGGUCUCCCAGUGCCUCCUCCUCUAGCAAAAAUAUCAAAUACACACAGCGACAGUGACAUUCGAUCACACCAACACAAAUGACUGUUCAAAAGGCAGUUCAAAGCUACGAUAGGUAUCGGCGACGACGGUGAAGCUCGCAGGAUGCCCGCAUAGUUCAUUCGGCGAUGAAAACUGCUCAGAAUAAUCGUCUCCCUCGUGCAGAUUCCUCGCUGUCAUGCAAAGAAACGCACGCUAGAUAGGCGUGUGCGCAUGCGUGGUCGCCCGUGUCGAGCCCCAUGGAACGAACGGCUCACUGAUCGCGAUGGCGGGUACGGUGGAAGACGGAGCCAAACUUUUAAAAGGAUCUAAAAUAUCAGUAAUGGUAGAGGAGGCUUUAAUCGACGUUAUCAUAGUUUCUUUUAACUAUAGCGGCAAGGUAUUUCAAGGCGCACUGCUCGACGUCACGAAAAAGAACAUUCCGUUUGGCAUCAGCCCUUGGGGCGGGAUAGAUCAAGAUCAAAGGGGCAGCAGCACGAAGACCCUUGCCGAAGCUGUGGCAGAAAGAAAUGACAAAUUUCAUGCAUUAAAACAGAGACACACCUACUUCCAAGAAAAGCCCAGUGAUGAACUCCCUAUGCCAAGCCGAUCCUGGGCGAAAUCACGCAAAUCAACAGGGCGCAACAGCCGUGACCAAAGUGUGCGUAUGCGGCGACUACGCCCACGACAGGUCCUUUGCUCACAUUGCCGGGCAAUCUGCAAUGAAAAUUCUGAGAAUGUGCAGCUUUCGAGUGUUAAAAAGGAGUCACCUCCUGUACUUAGUUCACUUGGCUGCUUGCCUGUUUCCAAAUGUGAACCUGAUGUUCCAGCACGUAUACCUUCAAAAACUGGUGUUGCAAAUGAUGAGGACACCAUGAUCAUACAGACGUCCCCUUCUCCUCGCACAGAGGAGUCUCCAAGGCCAAAGCAUGCUGUGUAUGCCAGUGUAGCCGAAAGCCUCGACUUGAAGAAUGCCCAACUGCCUACCCAGGCAGGAGCAGAAGAGUUUCAGUCUAAAAGUGAAUAUCAGGCUGUUGCACUAAUGCCUCCUGCAAUCAAUAGAAUGAUCUUGAGAAAGCGUAAGUGGAAUGACAAUGAAGAUCUUCCGCGAAGCAGCACAGACCCGAUGGAACUGGUGACACCACACAGCAAACUUGUUCCUGUUCGAGCAGCCCUGACAAAAACCAGUCCUGUAAUUAAGAUCUCAUUUGCAAACCCUCAAGGAAAAGGCACAGUUGUCAAGAUUCCAGCCAAGCUUCAGUCCACAGGUGCCAGUGACACAGAUGGAGACAGCAGCAUAGAGUGCUCGCCUGUGAGACCCAGAGACACAAGUAGCGCCCGGGCUGCCAAGAAGGCUCUCAAGAAAGCUCGCCGAGAUCACCACAAAGGUCCUGUUCUUGCUCCAGCUUCUCCAAGCCUAGCAAAGCACAAAGUCAAGCAUCACAAGCACAAACUGAAGCGUAAACGGAGACAUCGUGAGCCUCCGCCAGAUGAGCCGCGGAAUGAUGUAGAGAACAGCCCUAACUACGGACUGGAAGGUAGUGAAGUAGCAGCACCAGCUGAAGGCCUACUGGAGGAAGGACGUUCACAUAAGCUAUCCAUCAGCCUGCGACGCUUGGGUGCCAAGGCAUAUAUGAGGUGCAGCCCAAAGUAUGAUGACCUUCUAGCCAGUAGUGGUUCUGGUAGUGAGUGUGGUGAUGUACCCGAGUUUCCCAAACUAGAUCCACUCCGCGAAAUGGACAAGGUGAAGCCACUCAUGAUGCGCAUCAGCACGCACAAUGUUAAACGCUGCACGCUUGAUGGGGGCCGUGAAAUGGCUGUGGGUGACAUAGUUUGGGGCAAGAUCCAUGGUUUCCCAUGGUGGCCAGGCAAAGUGCUUGCUCUGAGUGUGUCGCAGCGUGACAAUGGAGCUGCCAUCAACCAGCAGGCUCAUGUGGCCUGGUUUGGCUCAUCCACCUCAUCCUACAUGCCGUGCCACCAGCUGAGUCCCUUUCUUGACGACUUCAAGGCUCGUUACAACAAGAAAAAGCGGGGUCCCUACAAGGAAGCCAUUCGGCAGGCCACACUGGAGGCUGCUGCAUGUCAGGAACUGCCACCUGAGUUGGCCCUAAUCUAAACCUCUCCGACCUCAUUGCUGGGCCAUUGAGGGUUGGAAAGCUCCUCACAUUAUCCCCGUCCCGUGUACUUUUCUACUUGGCUGCAAUCAUUGCUGAUUUCUCUCCACAAGUCCGCUGCAUAACAGGGUAUGAAUGUGAUUCAGGGGUAAUCUUGAAUCAUUGCAGUAUACAUAAAUAUAUAUAUAUAUAUAUAUAUGUGUUAUAUAUAUAUAUGUACAUAGGCUCUAUUUUUGUUUGCCGGAGGAAUAGCAUUUGCUACAAUGCAUCACUGGCUCUGGGCAGGUUCCGUGGUUUCUAGUCACGAGGGCAUAUGCCAUUCAUGGGCAGCAGAUACAGGUGCUGCCCUUCUCCGGUGGGCCUGCUGGUCCGAGCAGUUGUAAUCUUGCUGCGGAACUUGUCUCUUGCAGCCGUUCCCCAAAGCUCUUGCGAGGAUGUCGAGUGCCUUUUCAUCUCUUUCAAGCUUUUUCUUGGGGUUGGCAUUUGGCCCGUUUAAAUCAUACUUUCUUGCAGUAAUUUGCUUUUCUUCAUAUCACUUCGUUUUCUUUGCAAGCCUUUCCCAUGGGCUAAUGUUAAGCUGUGUUCAGCAACUGCUUUUGUGUGCCCUACUUUAAAUUGCUUCAGGUAGCAUUUCCUUAUGAUGUACUUUCUUUACCCUCUCUUGACUGCCAUGUUUAUAUCCGUGCGUUUGACAUUCUGUUUUAUUCUUGAAUCUGUUGUGCUAUAGAAGCCUCUUUUUGUGCCAUUUGCAUUUGUGUGUUAAUAGUACAGUUGAAUUUUGUGCAUCACUGCUUUUGGUGUUCCAUACUCCUGAUGAUCACAUGGUAACUUACAACCCAGUGCUCAAACUAGUGUCAUUGUCUGUCACCAGAACCACUUAUCACCACUAAGGUAAAGAAAGGUUGUGCAUUAGGUUUUAUAGAAAACAUGUUCAGCGUAUCCUGAAGUAUGCAUUUUUUCUGCAAUAGUACAACCAAAGCAGCCGGUGCUGCAGCUGUCUGGGACACCUCUUAAAAGAGCUUAGAGGCAGCUGGCAGAAAGUGUUGGGAGUGCUCUAAAGAUGCACUAUUGCCAACAAGUGAGGCUGGUGUUUUGGCAUCAGCCAAGAAAAAUUCUGGUAGUGCAUCAGCAUUCUGUGUUUGUCUUUUCACCGCGAAGCUAUCUGCUCAGGCACAGCAGGCAGGUAGGCCUAAUUAGCUUUACAAAAACAAGAAACGGAUGAAGACUUCCACUGACAUAGUAGUAAUUUUUAACUUGCACAGACGAUCUUGUGUGCAGCUCCUGUUGGCCAAGGCUGUCCUUGUCUAUGCUGAAGGAAGCUUUUUCAAAAGUCCUGCUUACAUGUCUGACCAUUGGCUUCCAAAACUGAUUAUUAAAGAAAUGAACAUUUACGUGUUAGUGGUAGCAGCUGCUGCUUCUAGCAAAACUGUUCACCUGCUAGUUCAAAAGGGAUGCUUCAGUUAUUUGUGGAACAGUUUUUGGAUAUGCCAAGCUACCAUUGAGUGCCAUCUGUUGGUGCUCAUGCCAGCCACCCUUCAGUGUGCAUAACAUCAGGUUGGCUGGCCUCUUUGGCGUGUGUUGAGACGUUACUGUUGUGCAUUUUGAAAAGUGGUGUUAAGGUGAACAUUUUGGAGCAGCGUGUCCUUGGACUGCAAGUGGGCAGUGGUCCUCAUGUGCAAAACAGCUGGACCACAGCAGACUCUUGCAUUGUGUGAUGGCCCCUACUGUGAUGACCAUGUUGACCUCGACUGAUGUAAAUCACUCAAGCUGUGUGUUUCUUGCCUUGCACUGACUGGAAGGGUUGCCAUGGUUGAUAUCCUGACAAUUUGGAGCUCCCCAAGGUGCGGGGAUGCCCGACCUUUGCUGUGCGCACAUGCUGUAUGUGCGCAUGGUCUUAGAGGUAAUCUCAUUGUAAAAAUGUGUACAGAAGGUACAAUUGCUUGAAAAAUAAAGACUGUACUCACUUGGAACAGUUUGACCCAGGCGAAGAAGUCAUCUGUUUGUGAUAGUACAUGUAUUGUGGUGAGGUCUGCACGUUGUAGGCUUCCAUUGUGUAUAUGUGGCAUGUCACUGCUUGAUAAUGUGUUUAUUGGUGCUUUGGUAAUGAGACAAAUUACUCGUGAAAGCUUUUCUGGCACGUUCAAAGCUCCUCAAUUUUCAUUUUGCAAUUAAAUCAUUCAUGUUAUGCCAUAUUCAGGAAAGCAAUUAAUGGGGUGCACAAUUUCUCUUAAAGUGAAGACAAUUCUGUGCUAGCAUGCUUUGUAAGUCUUAUUUGUGUGGGUAACCAUGGUGACAAGAGCCACUUGUCAUCUUCUUUUGAGGGAUGUGGAUAUGCAUCCUCCAAAACAUGGUAUUGUGCAACAUAUAAAUGUAUUUUGUAUAUAUAAAAUAGCAGCAGCUGUCGAUGGUUAUUCCUAA